AUCAAUCUACUUUGCCGAAUUAGUUUUCUUGAAUUUUUAUUAAAAAGUCAAAAUAAAAGUAUUUAAAAUUCAGUUUUUAGAUUGGUUUUUUGUUGUACGAGCGGCUUUCGGUUUUGAUUUAGCCUAUGAUCGGUUUGGUUCGGUCGGUUUUCAACCAAUGCUUCCCUACCAGGCAGCAAUGUCAGACUCACCUUAUCUCAAUGUCAGUGAGAUGAGAUUGCCCCGAUCCAAAAAGAAGGAAUACGGCAGCAAUGUCGGCGAAGAGAAACCACAGCGACGACGACGAUGACGACAUCUUUUACUACCGUUACGCCAUAGGAUCUCUACCGCCUUCAACCUCCUCCUCCAAAACCCUAACCACCGCUUCAACCACCUCGCGCGGCGGCAGCGGCCGCCUAGCGCCAUCUAAGUCCACAGUCUAUGUCAGCAACCUAGAUUUCUCCCUCACCAAUUCCGACAUCCACACCAUAUUCUCCACCUUCGGCAAGGUCGCCAAGGUCACUGUUCUCAAGGAUCGGGAUACCAGGAGAAGUAGAGGAGUUGCCUUCGUCCUCUUCGUUUCCCGCGAGGAUGCCAUCAAAGCUGUUAAAGGGAUUGACAAAAAGCUCCUCAACGGCCGGACUUUGUCCGCCUCAAUUGCGUCUGAUAAUGGCCGGGCAGCAGAGUUUAUCCGGCGGAAGGUGUACACGGACAAGAGUAGGUGCUAUGAAUGCGGCCUGGAGGGGCACUUGUCUUAUGAGUGCCCGAAGAAUCAGCUUGGUCGGAGGGAAAGGCCUGAGCCAUCAAAGAAAGGGCGGAGGAGAGGUGGGGCUGACGGUAAGGAUAACCUUGAUGGGCUGGGUUGGGGACGAGAGGACGAGGAAGGGGAAGAUGAAGAAGAGGAUAGAGGAGAUGGUUUUGAGGAGGAGAAUUGGGCGUCCGCUGUCGAUGGAGAUGCAGGGGAGAGAUUACUAAAUGGAGGAGGAGACACUGAGGAAAAGAAGAAAUUGAAAAGAGAGAAGAGAAGAGGAUAUUUUAGCGACGAGAGCGAAGAGGAAGACUGAUUUUUUCGCUCACCAAGGAGUGUAGAUUGUUAUAUCUGAUUAGCUGUUGGAUUAGAGGGGGAAGGUCUCACAGGAAAGGUAUGAACUUUAUCUAUUGAGAUUUGUUUCAUCAUACACAUCUUUUAUCUGAUUAUGUUGUAUUUGAUCUGAAGUUGACUUGAUAUAAUGAUUUGUGGUUACCAAUGAAUUUUUUACCUAGAUGAUAGAGUAUGCUACAUUUGCAUUCACAUUUUUUGUUAUUCUGCUAGUCUAGCUGUAUCGCCCCACAAUUGUUGUAACCUCAUCCAAGCCAAAGAAACUCAAAAUAUCUCAAUACUUGAUAUAAUGAUUUGUGGUUACCAAUGAAUUUUUUACCUAGAU